GAUUUCAGACUUCUUCAGCUUUUCCUCGGGAUGUUACACUUCGCUGCUGAGGGCUGCUGGGUUUGCUCCAGAGCUCUGCUCCACACUCUGGGCCCGGAAAGCUGCACCCUUUCUCUGCGAUCCCUCGGUUCCUCUCCUGCCCUGCAGCCCCUCGUGCUCCUCCAGGACUGGAAGGCUCUUGCAGACGAGCACACCCCCACGGCCACAGGAUGAAGGUUUGGAUCAUUAUGACCCUGGUUCUCCUCUGUGAGGAGUUUCAAAAUGGCCUCAGCCAGCAGGGUAAUCCCCGGAAAGAAGGAGGCAGGAGACAGAAGAACAGGUCUGGAAAGAGGAAGGAGAGCGAGUCCGCGGGCAAGGGCCAGUCCAUCCUCACCCAGGUCCUGGAUAAGGGGCGUUUCCUCAGGCUGGUCGACUCCUUGACGCUCAGCUCCGGGAAGGACCUUGAGCUGCGUUGCAAAGGCAGCCGGAUCGGAUGGGCGUAUCCGACGUACCUGGACACCUUCAAGGACUCCAGGCUCAGCAUCAGGCAGCAGGACAAGUACAGCCAGCUGAUCCUCACGUCCCCGGUAGCCGCGGACACUGGGGAGUUCAGCUGCUGGGCCCUGCUCUGUGAUGGCGACGAGUGCACCAGGGACACGGACAGGACCUCCAGCGCGUACAUCUACUUCACAGACAAGGAUGAACUGUUCGUCCCAUCGACAACCCAUUUUGACAUCAUCUACCUUCGGCCUGACAAGCCCUCCGUCAUCCCCUGUCGAGUUACCAGCCCUCUGGCCAAGGUGACGCUGCACAGAGAGGUGCCCCCGGGGGAGGUGUCUGUGGAUGGGACCCAGAUCUCCUACAACCCCAGGAAAGGCUUCAUCAUCCAGCAGCCCAGCCUGGAGGACACUGGCAUAUUCUACUGCAAGGCUGUCUCCCGCAGUACACCACAGAUGUCAGUCAAGUACCAGCUGCUCUACGUAGAAGUUCCAAGCGGCCCCCCCUCCGUGACAAUUGAAGCCUCCUCAACGACAGUGGGUGGGGGCGACAACAUCAACGUCACCUGCACGGUUCUUGGGGAUCCAGAUGUGGACGUGGACUUUGUGUGGACCUUCCCCGGACAGGAUCAGAGACCUGUUAGCAUUACAGAAGCCUGGAGACUGAUAAACAGAGGCUCCGGACACACAACUCGCAUUUCACAGAGUGUGAUCGCUGUUGAAGAUAUCGAGACUAUAGACUUUGGAGACUACAUCUGCACAGCCAAAAAUAUUCAUGGAGAGACCUCUGUGGCUGCCCAGGUAGCCUCUUAUUAAUAAUAUGAUUGUGAGAAAAAGAUGGCAACAUAGUAUUGGUUCCUCUUUGUAUCACCAUUGUUUUCCAGCAUUACAAUUCCUGCAAUGUGGCGGCAUUUGCGUUUGUUAAUAAUGUCACUCAAGCCGUCGAAGGGGUUCAUUUUUCCCAAACAAAAUCACAAGUGCAGCGUUCAAUAAGUACUCCACUCCACUGUCAAGCUGUGGAAAAAAAGACUCAGAGGCUGUUGUCAAGAAGAGGGUUAUUAUUUGAUUUGACUUCACUGCGGGGUUUUUGAAGAAAGGGAAAUAAAAAGUAAGGUUAUAAGAUCUUUUUAAAAAAUAAAACAAAUGGGCCUUCUAGAGCAGUACAUUUCAGCCCAGUAAAUAAAGAACCUACAGUACUUUAAAAAAAAUCUCCAAUUACAUACUUCCUGGCACAGCAAAUUGCAUGUGUUACUGUUUGACUUGUCAUUUCAAAAACACGAAAAAAAGCUUUUGUGGAGUACCACCCCCCCACCCCACAUAAGGUACAGCAAAAUGCUUGGAAUCUGAAUGCUUUUUACUGAGGAAUUCCAACCAGCUGGGUGGAAAUCGUUCUGAUAAUUCCAAUUUAGAAAAAGAGAAAAUUCACCCUGUAAGCUACCAACAGCCUACUGCUUUAUUCGAGUCGUUUGGAAUUUUCUGCUUGAAAAACUACCUUUGAGACCAGCUCUUGGAACACAAGAGUGAAAUAUGCACAACUGCACAAGCAUUCCAGUUUCUGGCAGAAACAUGAAAAAUAGUUGAUGGUUGAGCUGUGCUUGAAGUACGCCUGGUGCUAAUUGACUCCUUAUGUGGAAUGCAGGCACAAGCCUGACUGUUUCGGAUUCAACAUACUGUAUUUCUAUUCUACUCCCAAAGCACAGAACCCACCCUGCCACUUCAGUUUGUCGGGACUGUACCGAAAUGGUUCUGGUGAAAACAAUUUACAGUAUUUAAUGUACAAUAUUUGACUAUCACUUGGUUAUUAUAAAAUACUCCUGAAUAAAAUAUUAGAACAUGAAAA